UGAGAAACGACACCAAAAAUAAACUUCCCCAAGUAACACAUGCACAUGAUCAUCUAUUGCCAAAUUGUAAUCGCAAAAAACUGAAGACACCGCACAUGGCCUAAGCCUGGUGAUGUAACUGAGUGUCUACCUAGAGGGACGCAGUGCAGCACUUCACAGAAGCAGCCCACUGUGUGUGCUCAUGCACGGUGAUUUCUAGAACUUCAGGAUGUUUCACAAGACUUCUCAGCUAUUCAGGAAGUCACCGCCCUGGGAUUCUGGGAAGAUGACUUUUGAAUUGCCAUACAUUUCUGCAUGAAAAUGCAACAUCUUGACUAACAUCUGUAACAAGACUAGCUUGAUGAAAGUAAGAGCGGGCUUCGGAUAAUCAAAGUGACUACAGGCAGGGGUACAGCUUGAACCCGGAUAGAAACAUUGUCUUCUUGAAGACCCCAAACUAAAUGAAGAUUUUAAGGAAGAGAAAGUACUAUCUUUGGAAAUGAAGAAAAUGGAAAGACCGUUGUCUACCUUGUGGCUUUCCAUCUGUUCUUUGUUAUGUUUGUAUGGUCCUAUUGGAUGACAAUUUUCACAUCUCCCGCUACCCCCUCCAACGAGUUCUACUUGUCAAAUGCCGAGAAGGAGCGUUAUGAAAAGGAAUUCAGCCAAGAAAGACAGCAAGAAAUUUUGAGACGAGUAGCACGAGACUUACCCAUCUAUACAACAUCAGCUUCAAGAGCGAUCCGAUAUUGUGAGAAGUGUCAGUUGAUUAAACCUGAUCGGGCACAUCACUGCUCAGCCUGUGACACAUGUAUUCUUAAGAUGGAUCAUCACUGUCCUUGGGUGAAUAACUGUGUGGGAUUUUCUAAUUACAAAUUCUUCAUGCUGUUUUUAUUCUAUUCCUUAUUGUACUGCCUUUUUGUGGCUGCAACGGUUUUAGAGUACUUUAUAAAAUUUUGGACGAGUGAACCAACAGGUACACGUGCAAAAUUCCACGUACUUUUUCUUUUCUUUGUGUCUGCAAUGUUCUUCAUCAGCGUCCUCUCACUUUUCAGCUACCAUUGCUGGCUAGUUGGGAAAAACAGAACCACAAUAGAAUCAUUCCGUGCACCCACAUUUUCAUAUGGACCAGAUGCAAAUGGUUUCUCUCUUGGAUGCAGUAAAAAUUGGAGACAAGUCUUUGGUGAUGAAAAGAAAUAUUGGCUGCUUCCAGUCUUUUCAAGCUUGGGUGAUGGUUGCAGUUUUCCAACUCGCCUCGUGGGGAUGGAUCCCGAGCAAGCUUCUGUUGCAAAUCAAGAUGAAUUCCCCAGAAGUAUUGGCUCAAAUCAGCAUUUUCCUAUCAGACCGCUUAGUGAGUCCAAGAACCGUUUGUUGGACACUGAGUCUCAGUGGCUGGAGAAUGGGGCUGAAGAGUGUGUCAGAGCAGGGACAAAUAACCAUGUUACAGUGGCAGUCGAAAAUUGAGUACCUCUUGUUCUUGACUAACCAUUUGAAUAGGAGCAAGGUAUUUAAAACAUAUUAUGGACUAUUUUCCGUUUUAUUUGCAAGAAAAGAUCAGUGGCAUGAGAUAAUUGAAGUCUAACAGAAGAUAUAUUUUCACAUGGAAGCCUUUGUGCAGUUCGCAGGACCCACAGAAGCCCUUCUCCAGAGCAGAGCGAUGCCUUAAUCCAGACUGUCCUUCCGCGCAGCACACUCCCAACACGGACCUGACUGAGUGCUUUCCUUGAAGUAACGCUGACUUGAUAUCCGAUGCUAUAACAUGAGCUAUUAACACCUGCUAACGUGGCAUACGUGUUUUCUUGAGAUCUGAGUUGCUGUUAGAGUUGGUUCCUAGUAUCCAUAGAAACGUUCAUUCCUCAAACACAAGCUAAAAACAUGAGUGAUUUUCGGGAGGAUGGUGGCUGAGAGUGAUACCCAGCUUACUGCUGCUCGUACUGCAUAAGGAAAAAACUCGCUUUUUUUAAUUGAGUGUUUGCUAAUUUAUAAUUACUGUUUUAUACUUUUCAACCUUUUUAAUAAAGUUUUUUUUUUAUUUUUGGCUAUAAAACAGUACUCAGAAGGAUUCAUAUACCUAAAUCUAAUAUUUAGAACAUAGAAAACAUUGCUAUAAUUCACUUAGUUAAAGAAUUCAUAUAACCAUGCAAGGUAGUAUGUGCCUACAGCUUAAAGGAAAAUUCGUCAGUUUAAAAAAUGUUUUGGAUUCUGCUUUUUAAUUAUUUUUAGUUGAACUUUCAGGGGCAUUUAUAUGGGCAGGAAAAGACAAAGACCCAUGUGUUACAGGAAUAUUGGAUGCGAUUCAAACAGGUGGCCAGAAGAGAAGCUAAGAGAAAGAUAAGAAGUAUCUUGGGAAUUUUGAUUUAGAUAAUGAUCAGUAGCUACUUUGAAACUUUUUAUAGUGAUCUUUUAGCAGCUUAAAGAGAAACUAAGGAUGCCAUUUGAGCUAGGAAAAAAACUUGAGCUAAUACAGCCAGUGACGCACGAGUCACUGCUUCCUGUAAGUGGGGGGAGGAUUCUUCCCAGCAUCUCCAAGUAGUGAAGAUGAUGGUUUCCUUCUCUGUAAAAUCAGGUCACAGGGAAAAGGUGGUCUGGAAUGAGUUGGACUGAAUGACUUCUAACAAGUUGUUAUACCUGAUUUGAUUUCUGUUGGCUAGUCUACUGUUAGUUUCUUUAAGGUUUUCUUUUUAACCCCCUUGGACUCAAAGGGAUGAGUUGACCUUGAAAGCAGCCAGGAGUCUGACGCCAAGCAUCCUGCUCUUCGCUCUCCGCUCUGUCACUUUGCAUCUUGAUUGCAGAGACCUAGAGUGGGCGAAGAGACAGCAGCUCCCAAUCAAACUGUCACUUCAGUUGCAGAUUACAGAGAAACAGUAAAUGUUUAAGCGAACUUGGCUGUGUUCAGAAACACCUGGCACGUUGUGUUUGAGUGUUGUUUAGAUCCAAGAGUUUGUGUGUACGUGGCUAGCAACUGCGGGGCCCUGACUUUCCCCCAGUAUCUAAUUCAGGCACACGAUCGAUCUUUAUUCUUCUCCUUGGUUAUCUAACAUGACUACCUGUAUUUACCAGGACUGCUAGCGCCUUUUCAGCUCAAGGAAGCCCUCUUACUUUGGUUAUCUUUGAUUUAAUUUACUGCCAACAUUUUGCUGCGUUCUGAAUAUUUAGCUAAAUUUAUUCAGGGGCCUACAAGUGCUAUGGAAAUCGGGUAUUUCAACUGGCAUUGAUUAUUGCUAUCAACUGUUUGGUGGCAAAAGGUCAAAACGAAACCCUGCCAAAAUUUAUCAUGGUUAUCUUUGGUCCUUCAAACACUUGAACAUCAGUGAUGAUACUCAAGGACAACCAAGUUGAAUUUCAGGUCUAGCCAUUGCCAUUAAAAACAAAUUCUACACAUACAGCUGGGUACAGAUUUACUUGAACAGCGUCUGACCAAUCUCACUAUGCCAAAGAGCAGCUGUAGUAUAUUAGUGAUUAGAGAUGAGCAUGUUUACAGAGCUUGGUUCCAUCUUUACCUAAGGAUGGUUUUCUAAAAGUUUUUUACACAUUUAAUCAUAAAUGAGUUUGACGCAAGUUACUUUAAAUCAAAUAUUCGAUGUUUACUUGAACUUCUAUCAGAAAGCAAAUUUUAACAAUGUUUACAGGAUUGUUUAAAGAUGAUCUGACAUGUGAGGUCUCCAUUCGGUUAUCUUUAAAGCAGAUGUAUUUUAAGGGCUUAGUGUUAGGACCUGCCUGUUUGGGGCAGUCAAUAGAUGGUAACUUUAAAAAUGUGUUUCACUGGCACUGCUCUCAAUGGGAAGUAUUUUUAAUCUAUUACCAAGAAAUCAAUCGUAUUUUUGCAUUUCAACCAAGCAUAACUAAUGAUCAGUUAGAUGCAAGUAGUAUGUAAAUCUGAAAUUCAUGUUUCAUAUUAUCUAAACUGUAUUUUCCAAUUUAAAUUAAAAUUACAAUAUAAAUACAGAAAGGUUCAUAUUUUUGUAAUCACUUCACUCUAUUAUUUUGCUGGAUUACCUAAAGCAGCGACGAAUUGUAUUUGUAUUAAAAGAUUAAGAAAGCUAUUACUUAGGCUUAUUAUAUUUGUGCAUGGUUACAGAGGGGUUCAUGCCCAUUUAAGAGAAAAUAUGGACACUAUUUUAAAGGGGUCUUUAAUAUGCUUUUAUAUAAACAAGUACGGUGUAUUUGGUCGUCCUUACUGACACGUGCCACCAGCCUUGUUUAUCUCUCAUUUGUAUAAUCAUCAACCAUGACUUGAUGUUGGCUCUGCUUUGUCUUUUGGAUGGCCUAACCUACGCUGACAUGUAUGUGAAGCUGUUGAAGCCUUUAUUUCAAAAAUAAUUGAUUACUUUAUUAAUAAAUAAAGGCAAAGUCUUGUAUUUGAA